UGAGAUUCUCAUUUUUCAAGUCGAGUCUUUAGAGAUUAGAAUACUUCAGUUUGAGUCGAGCCGUUGCUGUAACAUACCAUCAUCUCGAAUUAAAUCCCAACAUGGAGGCGUGUGGGGCUCAGGUCGCAUGCUCUGCAGCGGGUGGCACGCCCGCGAAUAUGUUUGUACAGCUGAUACAAACGCUUUUGACGGCUCAAUGCAGCUUGGGUAAUGGCAUUUAUCCUCCGGACCGUUUGGAAGAGAUUGCGGCAUUUAACGGAGAAUUCGACUUCGUGAUUGUGGGCGGUGGAAGCGCCGGGUCCGUGCUGGCCAAUCGUUUGACCGAGAUAGAAGACUGGAAGGUAUUACUGAUCGAAGCUGGUGAGGAUCCGUCGACGCUCAGCGAGGUUCCCGGGGGGUUUUUACAGCUGCUACACACGCCGGUGGAUUAUUCCUACGACGUCGAACCUGAGAAAUUCGCCUGCCACGGUUACAGGAACAAGUUGUGCAAAUGGUCGAAGGGCAAGGCUCUUGGCGGCACCUCGGCGAUAAAUGCCAUGCUCUACGUUCACGGCAGCGACGAGGAUUAUAACGAAUGGUCUCGGUUGGGCAACGAGGGCUGGAGUUACGACCAAGUCCUGCCGUACUUUAAGAAAUCUCAAAGCUGCGGUCAUGCACAUAGCGACGAGUGGAGAAGCAAGUAUUGCGGUCCCGACGGACCGUUAAGUGUCAGGUAUUAUAACUAUAGCCAGCCAGAGGUACAGGAGAUGGUCAUGCGCGCCGCUCGUGAGGCGGGCGUGCCUACACUGGAUACCAUCAACGGUGACAGAUUUGUCGGGUACGGCAUAGCUCAAGGAACCUUGGACAAAGGUCGCAGAGUGAGCACUGCAAAAGCCUACCUGUCGCCGAUCAAGAACAGGAGUAAUCUCUACGUGAUCAAGUCGAGUCGCGCCGACGCUAUUCUCCUGGAUAAUACUCGAGCGGUCGGAGUACGCGUGACUUUGAAGGACGGGAGGUCGACCGAUGUGAAGGCCUCGAAGGAGGUGAUCCUGUCGGCCGGCAGCAUCGCCAGUCCACAAAUCCUGAUGCUCUCGGGCAUCGGGCCGAAGGAGCAUCUGCGCGAAAUGGGAAUACCUAGUGUCAUCGAUCUACCUGUCGGCAAAAAUCUUCAGGAUCACGUCUCGUGGUACGGCUUGUAUCUGACCUUCAAGAACCGGAGCGCGACACCGCCGUCGCCUACACACGGCCUGGACGUGACUUACGAUUAUUUACUGAACAAUCGAGGACCUCUGGCAACUUCCAUCAGUCACGAUCUCAUGGGUUUCAUCAACGUGCACGAUCCGAGCGCCAAGUAUCCCGACAUACAGAUUAUUCACUCUCACAUACCACAAUGGCACAUACCUUUAGUUAUCGAAUAUGUCAAUGGCUUUAACGUGGACACGGAGAUAGGACAAAAGAUAAUAGAGAUGGCAACAGAGGCGGAUCUGCUGCAAUGUUAUUCGAUUUUGCUGAAGCCGAAGAGUAUGGGUGAGAUACGGCUACGUAGCAAAAAUCCGGCGGACCCCGUUAGGAUAUACGCAAACUAUUUCACCGAGCAGGAAGAUUUGGAUACGAUGUUGAAAUCCUUGGACUUUCUAAAGAAGAUGCUCGACACUGAGACGUUCAGACGACACGAGGUGCAAUUGCAUCACCUGGACAUUUCCGAUUGCCGUCACACCAAACCCGAUUCCGAGGAAUACUGGAGGUGUAACCUGCAACAUAUGGCGUCUACGAUCUAUCAUCCUGUUGGAACAGCGAAGAUGGGUCCUAAGGGCGAUCCCACGGCCGUCGUGGAUCCACGACUCAAGGUUCAUGGAGUACAGGGAUUGAGGGUCAUCGAUGCAUCUAUUAUGCCGACAAUCACCGGUGGAAAUACGAAUGCGCCUACGAUAAUGAUAGCCGAAAAAGGCGCGGAUUUGAUCAAAGCGGACUGGGCGGUCACGGACGGCAAGAACGAGUUGUAGGAGGGAGAGGGGAGAGGGUUUGAUACUUGCGUUUAAAUAAGUGAGUGUACAACAACAGUUGUCUUAGUCGUAAAUUAAAGCACGCGCGGAAAAGUGUGAGUUUUCCGCAUAAAAUGAAUCUUGAAUCUUGAACUCUAAAGUGCUCUUUAUCGUCAGUUACUCUAUGAUAAUAAAAAGAGAUAUUACUAAAAAAAAAAA